AUGCUCCGCGUGAAGACUGAGUGCCUGGACAGCUCGACAGCGCCCUCGUUGCAGUACGAUCCCGACUGCCUGAUGAUUGAGGGGGACGCUCAUGCGACGCCCGCUGGCCUUGUCAAGGCUGAGUAUGCAGAAGAUCUUCCCUCGGUAAGUGUAGCUGGCAGCACGGCAGCAGCAGGCGACGACAAUGUGCAGCUCGAGUCGGCUCCGCCUGCGCGGGCCACGGACGAUGCUGCCGAGGUCGACGUCAAGACUGACGAGAGGAAGGAGCAGGCACGCAACCAGUGCACGCGCAUGAUUGACAUGUUGGCCUUCGCAGGAGUGGCUGCCCCGAAGAUGACUGACAUGGCAACGCCAGUCGAUCGCGACCAGACGGGCGAGGGCGAUGUCGCUACCGAGGCUGGGGCAGAGGCUCAGGCCCAUGAUUCCAAGGUUAUCGAUGCUGUGGGCGCCCCUAUCAGCGAUUUGUCUCUCCUGGCGGCCUUGCCGUCGGGCCCAACGAUGGUCGCCGUCAGGCGCAUUCGUAAGACGAUUAACAACUACGUGGAGGACAUGCGGAGAGAUUCUUGGUUCAAUGAUUUCAAGCUUGGGACUGUUUCUAGUGUCGGUAAGCGCCUCGACGCGCAUGCAGACAAGAUAUUGGGUAAGGCCACGUACGAAGUACAACUUGCAUACCUGCAGCCCCAGAUCAGGAUCAGAGCAGUUGUUUCCCUCUGGAAGGCGAUCAAGACGUGGCUGGAGUCGCAGAAUGAGACCUUAGUGAUCGAUACGCUUCCACACUUCUCCACGGUCCUUGGCUAUUUGGCGACGGUCGAGGUCCCUAUGUCUCAGACCCUCACGGCGGUGUUUCAAUAUGCUGUUUUCCAUGCGGAUUUCAAGAAAUGUGGCGUGGUAUCAGCUCCUAUCAAGCGUCUUGACACCGAACUCUUCGACAUUGCGCGCGCCAACACCAAUGACGAGGUUGGCGGUGCUGUUGACGAGGUUCAUGUUGCAUCGGAUGGCGAGGGGAAGCGGGAGGUCGCUGACGGCGAGCCCGCAGAGAAGGAUCGGGGGAGCAAGCCCAAGCAGUCGAAGAAGGCCAAGAAGGAUAACCCCGACAUCCACGCAGCGGUGCUCAUCGGUGCUAGCGCCGUCGACCACAUGGAGCACAUGAUCGUGGAAGCGAUGAAGGGGUUCAUGUACAAGCUGCCAAAGGACACGCUGACGGUGCCAGAGAAACGCUCGAGCUUCGUGACUGAGAUCCUCGACACAGUCCAGGCGUGGACCAACAUGAGCAUGCAGUUCGAGAACAUCGGCGACGCCCAGUCCGACUUCACGAAGGUGCUGACGGCCAUCGGUGUCAUCGCGCAGUGCGUCAUCUCGGUGGAGCAGUGCCGUCCGCCCUCGUCCGAAGUUCGAGCAGCGAGGAAGGUUGUGUUGGAUCACGUCAAGGGGGUUGUCAAUCCAACUACAGAGCUGGCGAGGAUCCUGAAGUCCUACACGGUAUCCCAAGACGUACUGGAAGCAUCCAGAGUACAUGUUGCACAGACGGUGGAAGAUGAUACUGCAUCGGAGUUCUUCUUGAGUGCCGUUUCUAAGCUCGAGGAUACCUUGGAGAGCGCGUUCGAUGACAUCGAGGUGUGGAGGGACACCAUGGCCAAGCUGAUCAACGACACGUCUGACUUCGCCCCCUUGGAGGACGUUUACACAGCCAUCGAUAAGCUCAUUGGCAGCGUGGUGCAUUGCCUCGGGAAAUGGUCAACGGCUGCGCUGCAUCAGAACUGCCUCACCGUUUGCUCUGAGAUGAAGAACUGCAAGAUCAUCAUCGACGUGGCGUUGUACAUGCAUCUGCAUUGCUUCUACGAUGGCAUCGCCAUUCACUUCGGCGAGUUGAACAACUACCUCGCCACCUUGAUCAAAGCUGGUGGCUUGGAUGGCCCCGUCGAGAGCUUCGAUGAGAAGAGUGCCAUCGAGAGCAAGGUUAAGCUUCAGAAGUUCAUGGGUGCAAUGAAAGUAUCAGCCGACAGAGUUUUAGAAGUCAACACUCACUGGGCACAGUGUCUUCGGAUGAUCGUGACGCGUGCAGGGCAGUUCGCCAUGAACCAGUUCGAUGAGGAUGAGAUGACCACCCUGAAGUUCGAUAUAUGUCACACGGCAACCACGUCGAGCAUCAAUGACAUGAUCAAGUACGCCGUCUACUGCAUCGACGUUGCCGUGAACGCCUUCGCGAAAGUGCAGCUUGCUCCGUCUUCCGAAGCGUUCAUCGAGUUCACGAGGCUGUCGACGCACCUGUCGGACAUCGAGAAGCUGAGCUGGGAGUGCAAGAGCUUCUGCUCCAUCGACGAGUUGCCCGCCAGCACCGUCAGGGCCUUCAUGCUGCUGAGGGAUGGGGCACACGUUCUAGAGACGUGCAAGCAGUCGUUCUUCACCCAGAAGCUCAAGGCCGCUGGGACCACGUUGCCGUUCUCCGUGGGCGACGUCCACGAGGCUGCGGUCCUCGCAGCACAGGACUACUCGACAGUUGUGCUCCUGACGCGUGGCCUUGAUGAUGUUGCUGUUUGUAUUCCAGACUGUUUGAAAGGUGAGCUGCCAGGCACGCUGGGGUUUGAUGUCUUCGCUACCGCUGGCCACAACGUUGCAUAUGAGGAUCUUCGGAAGUUCGUGGAGGCCAGCGGCGCGACGCACGUGAAAGUUGACGGCAUGACAAACGCAUCGACACCAGACGACGACAACGUUCCUGUGCACCACGCCCUUGCAUAUAUCUCAAUCGUGAACGCCAUGAAGGAUAUGGUCGGAUGCAUCGUCAAGGUGAAUGGCAUGUUGUCCAAGGCCAGCGGCUACAAUGAUGACAUUUCAGAGGGCGUGGUGGUCGGUCCGCUCGUGCAGCUGCUGAAGCUUGUCUCCGCUUGCCUCGUGCGGCUCGACUGCCAGCUGCACUCCAAGCCUGCUCUGGAGCUCGAGAAGGCUGGCUGGGUCACGCCCGUGGGGCUCAGCGGGGCCAAGCAGUGGGCUCUCUCGGUGGGCCACUUCAGCUUGAAGUGCCAGAAGCGGUUUCUCCAGAUCGUGGACAGUGGCAUCCUGAAGUACACCGACGCUUGCAGCAAGGAGUGUUUGGACUGGAAAGCGGCGUUCGACACCACUGGCAAGUUGAACUUGCCCCUGGCGACGAAGUUGUUCUACAACAAGCAGGGGGGGGUGGCUGCCUCCCACAACGCCCUGCACCAGAAGCUCGCCACCGUCAACGUCGCCGUCGCCGACGUGGGCAUCACGCCCAGCAUCCAGGAGCAUGACAUCACGUCUUCAUCGGUGGCGCUGGCUCUGGCUUGCUUGGCGAAAGCAUCUUUGCUCUCCGUCGUCAUCAAAGGUUGCUCGCUCUUGGCGAGCCUGGAGAACAAUCCCAAGGGGCCAGAGAGCGCAAAGGCGUUCAUCGAGAAGCAUCCGCCAUCGAAGUACCCCGAGAUCCCGAAUAACUUCUGGGACGAGUUGCUGGCGAUGGCAUCGUUCACCAUCGAGCACGUCGGAGAGAGCGCCCAGUCCGCGGCGAGCGGCUCCGCUGGCAGCGGCGUCGCAGCGACGCCUGCGCCGAAGGCUGCGGCUGAGGCGCCUUCCGACGUGACCAGCGCCACCAAGUUCAAGGGCACGUCGCUGAAGCGCGACGCUGGCUCCGACGCAGGCCCGAAGCAGGUGGGGCUCAAGCGCUGCAAGAGGCAGCGUUGA